ACUCUGAGUGAAGUAUAUUAUUAUUACAUGGUCUAUGGCUGCUACUAACAACACAGAUCUCGGUUUGUUUCUGAACAGAGGAAUUUGAGUCAAUUUUAUUUUAGUAUUUUUUUUAAUAUAAAUUAUUGUUCAUGGAUAAAUAGCUGGACUAUUUACAAAUUUAUAUGCCUUAGAUAGUCGUAGACGCCUUAAUGAAUUUCGAACCUGAUAUAAUUUUGGAAUAUCAAAAAUGACACACAAGCAGUUGAUAUCCAUGCCACUAGAAAUUACGGAGAAUAAAAACAUUGAUCUUGAAUCUCCUAACAAUAUACGUCGCCCUAGGACCAGUGAAGAUUUUUAUGAAUUUUGCACGACUGUAUUGAAGUAUGAAAAUUAUGAGGCACUCGUUAAUGAGGAAAUUCAUAGUGAAUCAACUCCCAGUCCGCAGAGAGAUGGUUCGGACAGCAGUAUCAAUUCGGAAUUGGCAAGUAGCAGUCAGAAAGAAAAACAGAGUGAGGAUGAAGAUAGUGAAUCAUUCAAUUUGGUAACAUGUUUUUGUGGAAAACCAUUUGCAGGACGUCCUAUGAUAGAGUGUCUAGAAUGCUUGACAUGGAUUCAUCUUUCUUGUGCUCGAAUCAAGAAAAACAAUAUUCCUGAAGUAUUUCUAUGUGCCAUGUGUAAAAAGAAACGAUCUGCAUCUCCAAUCACACCACCUGAUAAGAAACGUCCAAGGAAAACAUUGUAGAAGAAUUAAGUGUAUAUAAGUGAUUUGAGAUUCUAUGUAUAAAUGUAAAUAAUACUCCUUUAUUUAGAUACAUUUGAUCCGAUGUUGAAUUUACAAAAUCGAUUGAAAUAUAUGGUUGUAUAUUUUGUUUUAUUACUUUA